CAGUUCCGUUAAAUCAUCAAAGUCUGUAUUCUGUGGUAGUGUCAUUUUGUCAAAUCGACGAAUCUUUGCAAUUCGCAAUUUUGUGUGUUAUUAAUCACAAAAAAACAAUUUGUUUCUCAGUUUGGUUCCAUAAUUUGUGAAGUUUUACAGAAAUGACUGAACAACAAAUGGAUUGCGCUUUGGAUCUUAUGCGGAGGUUGCCGCCCCAACAAAUAGAGAAAAACCUUACAGAUUUAAUAGAUCUCGUUCCGAGUUUAUGCGAAGAUUUGUUGUCGUCUGUUGACCAGCCCCUGAAGAUUGCGCAGGAUCGAAGCAACGGCAAAGACUAUUUACUUUGUGACUACAAUCGUGAUGGUGACUCGUAUCGGUCUCCGUGGUCAAAUACAUAUGAUCCUCCCUUAGAUGAUGGAUCAAUGCCAUCAGAGAAGCUGAGAAAGCUCGAAAUCGAAGCUAACUAUGCAUUCGACCAAUAUAGAGAAAUGUAUUUCGAAGGUGGAGUGAGCUCUGUGUAUUUAUGGGACAUGGAUCAUGGCUUUGCAGGUGUGAUCUUGAUCAAGAAAGCAGGUGAUGGGUCUCAAAAAAUCAAAGGCUGUUGGGAUUCUAUCCAUGUAGUGGAAGUGGUGGAGAAGAGCUCUGGACGAAACGCCCAUUACAAGUUGACCUCAACUGCUAUGCUCUGGCUGCAGACAAACAAAGAGGGAAGUGGAACCAUGAAUUUGGGUGGCAGUCUGACACGUCAGGCAGAGCAGGACUCUGCAGUGAGCGAUGUCACUCCACACAUCAUCAAUAUUGGCCGCAUGGUUGAAGAUAUGGAGAACAAAAUUAGGAAUACACUCAAUGACAUUUACUUUGGUAAAACGAAGGACAUAGUGAACGGUCUCCGGUCUGUAGUGCCGGCCGAUGUGGCCAGACGCACUGCAGCGCUGCAGCACGAUUUAGCGUUAGCGCUGCAGCGCAGGCAUGUCGCCCGCGCCGACUGAGCUGCAAACGCAUGGAGUGUGCAAUCAUGAGGUGGUACCACUGGGUCAUAAACGAAGAUCGAAAUUCAAUUAGAAUAAACUAACUAAAUAAGUAAAUAUUUAUAAUUACUCACUGAUAACACAGUGAGACGAUUCUAAAUGCUCGUAAAGAUUUGAAUGAGAAAUUCUAAAAUUAAUUUUAUCUACUCAAGAUUCGUUAGUAGGUAUGCACAAUGGUGCUUUAUAAGAAUGUCCAUAGGUACUUUAAAUUGUGAUUCUUUACACAUUAUGCUCCAGAUUUGGAUACGUUUUAUGUAAUAUGAUCAAAAUGUGCUUGUUUGAAAGAGGGUUUCUCAAAUAUAAAUAAAACUUGGUUAUUGAAGUUAAAUAGAAGAAAGAUUAUUAUAUUUCAAUAGGUUUCACACUUUAAAGAUUAGGUGGUU